AUGAGUACAGAGUUCAUACGAACGAAAACCCUAAGACGCUGCUGCUCGAAGAUCCCUCUUCAAUUCCAGAGUGUUAAGAUCCAGGGCUAUUGCAAUGGCGUGGUGUGCCUCGUGGAUAAGUUUGUUGGUGGUAGAAUUGCCCUCUGGAACCCAUCGAUUAACGAAUUUAAGUUCCUUCCCCCGACUUGCAUCCAACUCCAUCCAGAUGCUGAAUUUUCUCAGGCUGGAAUUCCUGCACAAGAACCCAUCACAGACUGGAAUACUUUGAUUAGCACACAACGAUAUGUGAGAUCUUCUGGGGGUCGAAGAGAGCGAGAAAGUCUAGUGUUAGACGUGGUGCGAGAUUUGUUGUUCGACGAGAAUGAGAGCCUCGCGCGCCAGUUCGAGGAAGGCCCAAUCCCGAAAGCAAGCAUCGGCGGCGGCGCGAAAGUGUUGCAGAUGCAGCCACCAAUCGAUCCCAGCCGGCCAAGGCAACAGCGGCGCGGCGGCCAGGAGAUGCACCGGGUCAUAGCCGCCGGCGGCCCCAACUCCCAAUUGAACGACGGCGUCGGCCAGACAAGUGGAGUUGAGAUGCGAAGUGAGGUGCAGGGUCGACUACCACCAUGUCCUCCGAUGGCAGGCCUUUUUGCCGGAGACAAUGAUGAUCCCCUGGCGGAGCCGUACACUGGCAGCUACGCCCCCUCUGCAUCCUUUGAGGACAUGGCCAACGGAAACACUUUUCUAAAGGGAAAUGGAUAUUUUUCCAACAUGAUGGUUGAAACCAAUCUAGGGGAUUUUGAUAAUUAUAGCAACACGAAUGCUGACCAUCAGUCACAAGCAAUGCAAGUUAGUCCAGCAGUCCCCUCUGCGAGGCCAAACCAUAAGAGAUCAAAGAAUUUCAGUGACCACGAAGAUGAGGUUUUGGUUUCAGCGUGGCUGAAUAUAAGUUUGGAUCCGGUCGUAGGCAAAGAUCAAAAAGGUGGCAGGUAUUGGUCUCGUAUCUGUGACUAUUUCCAUGAGCACAAGACGUGCCAAUCAACGCGUACCAUUAAUUCUCUAAUGCACCGGUGGGAGACCAUACAGAAAUGUGUGAACAAUUUUUGUGGAUGUCUAACACGGAUUGAGUUAAGGCGUCAAAGUGGUACUACAAUGCAAGACAAGGUUGCAGAGGCAUGUGCUUUGUACAAGGCCGAAGACCAACAUAACAAAGCAUUUCAGUUCAUGCAUUGCUGGAAUAAGCUGAGAACACAACCGAAAUGGCUUGCUAAACUUGAUGAAUUUGCUGCUACUAAAACAUCUAACAAGAAGCAGAAGUCAAGGCCUACAGCUGAUCCGAGUGCAACUUCCCCAAGUGAAGUAGGACAAGAUGCAGUUGAAGACUUAGAUGCUAAUGCAUUGACAAGGCCAAUUGGUAAGAAGAAGGCAAAAGCAGCAUUGCUGCAAGAGAAGAAAAAAAGUGUGACAGCAACCUUAGAAAAUAUGUGGGCACAGUUAAAAGAAACUAAUGGGGAGAAAGAGCUAAAGAAAGAUCAGAGGUUCAACAAAGCAUUUGCUCUUGAACAGGAACGAGUUGCAAAUGAAAAACUACUUGUUGAGGUGAGGAGUCAAGAGGUCCAAUUGCAGAGGAAGAGGGAUGAAGAGAGGAUUAUGACCAUGGACCUUAGUGGCAUGCCAGAUGAGCAAAAAAAAUACUACAUGUGCUUGCGGGCUGAGAUCAUGAGCCGAGUAAUUAAUUAG